AUGACCAACCUCACCUCUCUCACAGCCAUGGCAGCAGAUGUUGUAUCUCACAGCCUGAACCUCCUGGAGACUCUCAAAGAGUCCAUUGAGAACAACAAGCUGUCAGAUGUCAAGGAUGCUGUGGAGGACCUCCUGAUCAGCCGGAUCAACCUGGCCGUGGCAGGAGAGCGGUGUCCUGAGAAGUCUGCAUUCAUCAACGCCCUCCGCGGCCUGGGGCCUGAGGAUGAAGGAGCUGCCCUGUCCCCCUGCCCCACUCCUCCAGAGGAGAUGGCCAUCUAUCCCAAUCCCAAGCACCCUGACUUCAGGCUCUGGGACUUGCCACCCACCCCCGCAGCCUUGCCUUUUGACCCGGAAGGGUACAUGGAGCGGGUGAAGUUCCUGCGGUACAACGUGGUGGUCAUGGCGUUCACACAGAGUCUCCAGGCCAACAGCGUGGCGGUGUUUCUGGCAGCCCGCUCUGUGCAGAGGGACACUGUGUACUUUGCCCUGCUGGCCUCAGAGAAGGACACAGAAAAGGGUCUGGAGGAGAGGCGUAAGGCCAGCCUGGAGUUGUUGAAGGCCCAGGGGGUGGCCCUGCCUAAGGUUUUCCUAGUGAGGCCCUCCUGUCUGGAGAAACUUGACUUCCCAGGCCUCCUGGAGGAGAUGGAGAGGGACCUCCCAGAGAUCCGGGCCCAUGCCCUCCUCCUGGCCCUGCCCACUCUCUCCCCAGUCCUGGUCACCCAGAAGAGGGACGCCUUCAAGGCCCUGGUCUGGGCGGCCGCGUCACUCUCUGGCGGGGUGUCGGCCAUCCCCGUGCCCCUGGUGGCCUCCAUGGUGGACGCCAGAGUGGGUGUGAGGAUCCUCACCAAGGCCAGGGCCUCGCUCUGUCUGGAUGACGAAUCCGUGGAGCGGUUGGCACGGCAACGCGGCUUUGACCCGGCAAGGCUCAAAGCCCUGCGGACGUGUAACCUGUCGGCUGAAGUCACCAAGGGGGAGGUAAAGCUUCGGCUGGCAGCGGCAGAGAAGGAGUUGACCACGAACAUGACCCGGCUGGUGGAGAUGGCCAUGCCCAGGCACGCCCGCUCAGCCAGUCGUUCCUUCACUGUCAUGCUGCAGGCUCUCAAUGGGGCCAUCGAUGAGAUGGGGGUUGACGCAGAGAAGAUACUGGCUGCUGCUGGUAUAGGGGAGGGGAAAUGA